CUAUGUAACUCCCACAGAACACAAAAUACACAAUGAAUGUGCGCCAAAAAAAAUCACCGUCGUACAAAAGUACAAGGUUUAAGGGAUGUGCUCUGGAAUACACCGAUGAACGCGUGUGGGAACAAAGCUAUUUAAGAUCAAAAUGCAAGGAACUACAUUUGGAGGAAGAGUAUCGGUACUACCAGUUCCGCCUGAUGGUCAGUCACCUUACCGUUUUCUACCUUCUCUUCAUGUUUGUGUUCGUCAUCAUGAUAGGAGCCUACCUUCUUUUCAUCAGGCCCUUGGAUGCAGUUUACUUUGAUAUUAUAACCUGGUCAACAGCGUUUGCGGUAAUUUCGUUAUUGUUAAGUAUCAACUUCUUCGCCAAGUUGGUAAAUCGGCACAGGUGGGUUAUGGUAUUCACAUCGGUUUUGUCGGCGUAUGUCUUAGUGUUAACUGAUAUAUCACAGAACGCAUAUCAUUAUUACAAGAGUGACUGGCCAUUAAACGCCUCGUUCGAUAUAUUUGUGCUCUGCAUGAUCUAUAUGUUUCUGCCGAUUCCCUCGAUCAGGGCAGCGGCCAUACUAGCCACCUCGGUCAGCAUUAUAUACGUGGCCUAUUUCAUAAACUUCCUCAAUGUGAACACGGUGUUCGCCGAGAGCAACACGUACAGCUUCGAUCUAUUGUCCGUGGACAUAUUGCACUACCUGGGCUUCAACAUGAUGGGCAUAUUCUUCCGGCUCAUGAACGACACCAUGGUGCGCGCCUCCUUUCUGGACCGCCACCAGUUCAUCAUGGAGGAGACGUGGUUGCGCAACGCCCUGCUCCAAGAGUCGAUGCUUCUGGACAGCAUCCUGCCGCCCCAGAUUGCCAAGCCCAUCCAGGACAGCAUCAAGAACAAGAUCACCCAGUCGGAGGCGGGCCCCGAUAGGUUUCACUCGUUUGGUUCCCGCAGGCGGGAGAACUUCAUGGCCAUCCAGAUCCAUCCCGACGUCACAAUCCUCUACGCCGACGUGGUCAACUACACCCAUCUGACCACAACGCUGACGGUGGAGAGCCUGGUGAAGGUGCUGCACGACCUCUACGGCCGCUUCGACAUGGCAGCCUCGCACUUCCGGGUGCAGCGCAUCAAAUUCCUGGGCGACUGCUACUACUGUGUGGCGGGCUUGUCGCAUCCCGAUCCCGAUCACGCCAAGAUGGCGGUGUCCCUGGGCAUUUCCAUGAUCGCCAACAUCCAGGAAGUGCGAGCGGAUCGAGCCUUGGAUAUCGACAUGCGAAUAGGAGUCCAUUCGGGAUCUCUGCUGGCAGGCGUCAUCGGCGAGGCCAAGUUGCAGUACGACAUUUGGGGUCCUGACGUGGAGAUCGCCAAUCGUCUGGAGGCCACCGGAAAACCGGCCUUUGUUCACAUCAGUGGACGAACUCUAAGUAACCUCAACGCAGCCGAUUAUGUAAUAAUGCAGAGCACAGAAAUGGCCAAAACAGAUCCACUGCUAAAGUCGAUGAGUACCUAUCUGAUAACGGGCGUGGCAACUCGCGAUUAUGUCCGCAACACCAUGGAUCCAGUCCUAUCCGGCUCGAACCUGGACAUUAAAAUGAUCGAUAAGGAGCGGCCAUCCAUGGCCAGUCGCCGCUCAAUGUCCGAUGAGUUGCGUGAGGAGUUCCGCAAAAUGCCGGUUGAAAGCUUAGACUUCCGAUUGCUUUGCUGCCGUCGACCUAGUAACGAAAGGGAUCAGAAAGCCGAACUCGGCAUGUUUUGUGCUGCGUUUAGGGACUCGACCCUGGAAUGGAGUUAUAUAAACCAGCCGGACUUUAUUUUCAAGUCCUCAAUGCUGUUGGCCUGGGGAAUCGGGUGCUGCCUGAUCUACAUCCAAAUGGUGACAAACAACUUUGUUUGCCGGUCAUGCAUUGUGGUCGACCUUGUUGUCUUUUUCCUGCUGACCUUCAUGCUGUGCAUCUCGUGGUACAAAACAGUGUGCUGGUGGAAAGACGGACGGAUAGGACAAAUCACGUACGGCAAAUACAGCUGCAUGAUAUUUCACCUGUUUAAGAAGAUCCAGCACAGUGUGACUCUGCGCAUUACAACCUAUUUGCUGAUCAUAGUGUGCUACUGCGCGGUAAUCUCCUUAAUAAUCAUUAACUGUGACCGUGACCAAUAUCAACUGAGUUACAUUGAGUGCUUGCUCUUUCACUACGAAAUGGAUCGCGAUAUCUGCUUCCAUCCGUGGGCCUUCACGAACAUGAUUUGCCUGAUCCUUGGCAUGAGUUUCACCUUCGCUCGCAUCCCGUUCGCCCUCAAAAUUGUCGUCAGUUGCUGCGAGGCCGUGGCCUAUAUGUUGAUCGUGUUUUUCCAGUACGCGUUCAUUUUCCAGCACAGCGCCACUACAGCACCGUUUUUAAAGGCGGAAUUAGCGCACUGCGGCCGGGUGUGCAUGAUGCUGCUCACUAUGUACGCAAAGGAGCGUCAGACGGAGUUCAACACUAAAAUUAACUACAAGCUCAACGUAGACUUGCAUAAAAAGCAAAAGGCGGCCGAUGUAACAAACCAAUCAAUCAUUAUUUUGCUGAAUAACAUUCUUCCAUCACAUGUUGUCGACCUCUAUCUCAAUUCAUUAGCCAAACACGAACUGUACUAUGAAAAUUAUCAAAUGGUUUCAGUCAUGUUCGCCAUGUUGAUAAAUUUUAAAAUGGAUUUACCCAGCUUACGAGUGCUAAACGAUAUUAUAACAGAGUUCGAUAGAUUGUUGACUACCUACAAAGAAUAUUACGUAGUUGAGAAGAUUAAAGUCGUUGGUUGCACAUAUAUGGCAGCUUGUGGAUUGGAUUUUAACUUGGCCUCACAAAUCCGGCACACCAGUGACUUUCGAAAUAGUGCACUUCAAUUCGAAAUGGAACGGGUGCUAAGUCACAGAACGUCCGACGAAGAUAAUAACAACGAUGAGGUGAUAUUCAUGAUGACCACUUUCGCCCUGGACCUAAUGCGAACGCUGUCGGCGUGCAACAAGGCCUACUCGUACACCCACUUCGAUCGGACCCUGUCCAGCGGAGAGAUCUGCAUCGGCAUCUCCAGUGGCGAGAUAAUGGCCGGCGUGGUGGGUGCUUCCCAGCCGCACUACGACAUCUGGGGCAAUCCGGUCAACAUGGCUUCGCGGAUGGAGUCGACGGGAUUGCCAGGACACAUCCAGGUGACGGAGGAAUCCGCCAAGGUUCUCGAGGAGUUCGACAUUCAGUGCAUUUACCGCGGCUUGACCUUUGUGAAGGGCCGUGGCGAAAUACCAACUUAUUUUGUGGGAAUCGAUGAAAACUUAAAAUUCAUUUCCGCAAAAUUUGCCGAUCGGACUUCAUCAAGACGAUAUUCGGUUAUGUCUUCACUAGAUCCGGAUCUUACUUUGAAUGAGUCCAGUGAAGAAAACAAAGAUGAAGAUUGAGAAAUUGGUACAGUUGCUUAAAAAAUAUAUAUAUUUCAUACAUGUCGAUGGCAGCAUCAGCCCGCACUUAUUAA